CACACAAUAUUUAGCUGUAACCCGGUGCCUACGUUAAACCCGAGGUCAACUUGUACGCGAUCAGCCUGUCACCUAUUCGCGCUCAUCUACCGCUGCACCUUCCAAGGCACGCUACUCAAGCGCACGAGGUUCUUCAUCGCUCAAGAGGGGAUAUAUUUGCCAGCUCUCGGCUGCCACCGCCGUCACUACCGCCAUGAAGUGCAUCGAAUGCAGCGCCCUAGGUGGCAACAUCGACGAGGCGAGGUGGUCCUGAGCAUGUCGGACGCCCCGAAGCCGAGCUUGGAAGGGGUCCAGAAAGGCAAAGGCAAGGCCAUGAUCGUCAAGGUGGAGGCGUGUUCGCUCAGCCGGGGGGACAGCAUCAUGUUGGAAGGAAGUUGCGAUCUGAUGCUGAACCCGAAGCUCCCGUUUGUACCGGGCAUGGACAUCUGCGGGGUGGUGGAGGAGGUUGCAGAAAACUCAGAAGCGUUCAAGGUGGGGGACCGCGUCGUGGCGACGAACGGGAUGACUCCUACAGGGGGCCUGGCCGAGUACGCCGUCGUUCAGACCAAUAACGCCGCAAAAGCACCAGCUAACGUCACCCCGGUUCAGGCCGCGGUGCUGCCCAAUAGUCCCAUCGCCGGCCUCCACGCGGCUAAGGCGGCGAAACUGAAAGAGGGGGACCGGGUGAUGGUACUUGGAGGCAGCGGCGGCGUCGGCUCGGCGCUAUUGCAGCUCGUCAAAGACGCCAAGGCGUCAUUUUUGGCAACCACCUCCACCGCCGAAGCCCUGUGCCUAUCUCUGGGCGCCGAUGUCGUUGUCAACUACCGCGAGACUAAUUGGUACGAGGACGAAAGGUACAAGGCCGAGCCCUUCGAUGUGGUGAUCGACUGCGUGGGAUGGCGGGACGAGUGGAAAGAGGCUUAUCGGAGGGGGGUUCUCAAGUCUGGCUGGAACGGAGGCCGGUACAUUAGCGUCGCAUCUACCGACGAUCCUCAGAUUCACAGUGUCUGGCAGGUGACGAAGAUGUUCGUACCCCAACUUUGGCGCUCGGGCUGGACACUAAUCAACCGCCUCCGGCCGCGCUACAAGCUCGUGAUCUCCGAGCCCACCGCGCAGGAUAUCGCCGACAUGGUCGAGCUGGUGACCACGGGUCGGUUUAAGCCCGUGCUCGACCCGGCGUCUCCGUUUCCGUUCACCGCCGACGGCGUCAAGGCCGCCUUCAAGCUGCAAGGAAGCAAGCACGCCCACGGCAAGGUCGUCGUGACUAUCGCGGCCUGACGCGGCCAUCAGACGGGUGUGAGCCUACCCCGGCGUGUACCGACCCCAGACAGCUACAGGGGAGAGCAAGCACGCACACGGUGGUCAUGACAACCAGACGCCAAGCAACAACACGGCGCAUGGAUCUCGGAGGAGACUGUUUGAAGCAGCCAGCUGUGUUGGUUGAUGCAGAAAGUAAAUAGAACGCGAGCGCAAGGAUGAGGAAACUCGUGAAAUGUACACAGGAACGUAUUCUGUACGAGGUAUAUAUGUUGUACUGUACGCUUUACAGGCCUUCUUUUGUCAAGCGCCGGUCUGGACUAUUGUACCUAGCGCGCAGGCCGUGGCUACUUGCAAAUGAGUAAACACCCCAGCGAACCCCGGCGCUGAUUUGCAGGAGUGAUUUCGCUGCCUGUUUCUGCCUACAAACUGGGCACACAUCAAACAUUGGGCGAGGGGGGGGGGAUCCACAUUGGGACCGCUUAGCAUGCGCGCGUUGUGCCCACGCUGGCUGAGGAGUGGAAGCCCUGGUAUUGCUUUUCCUGUCGUCUGUAGGAGAUUGUCUCCCGGGGAUGCCUCCUCGCCCAGUAGAUACCUCUCGCCGGUCUAGCCCACGAGAGUCUGGUGUAGCAAUCGUGGACGUUGGCAGUCAUACACUGGGAGUAUGAGCGUUUUGUGUCUACCCGUACGCUUGCGCUCCGUACAUAUCUUGUUCCUUGUUAGACUUUGCUUGUUCUACACAACGUUGAGAAUGAACGUCUUGCAGCAUGCCACUCGCUGUUGUGCCGACCGGCCGGCUGUCAAGAAGCACCAAUUUCGGAUCGAGGGUCAGUUUCUUACACCGACACAUGGAAUGCAGUGUAGGACCACCAAUGCGCUGCGUCCUCUCAGGAGAUUUUGAGCAUCUAGUUUACUAUUUCUGGUGAGUUUUUCUACGUGGCUGGUCGCUUCUUUCCAUGUUUCAUAAACCGCUUCCAUCGAUGACCACGACACGGUUUUGUCACAUGGAAAGCGAUGAGCACUGCCCGAUAUAUACCCUGUCCUUUGCUUUUACGUAACGUGGGUAGGGCAUAACGGCUGAACGUGUGAAGCCAUUGUCGUAUCACCCUGAAGAACACAAGAUAACAAGUUAGCGACUCUGUUUCAAGUAUGAGUCAUGCCAGAGGUACUGCUAUCGAAUUGCGCUUAUAAUAUUUUCUCAACCCCCGAGGGAAAAGAGAGAUUAUUAGUCCAAUCUGGUAGAGAUAACUUUUCC